AUGCCACGCGGAAGAGUGAGGAAGGUGGCACGCACUCCACAGAAAUUGACACAGCACACUCUCGACGGCUUCGUAGGUUCCAGCUCUCCCCUGGGACCACGGAGAGCAGCAACUACGCCAUCCAAGCCUCGGAAAGCUGCGCAGAAGCAAGCGCGAGUGACAAUCUCGCGCGACUCUUCGAUAUCGGAUGCACGCGCUUCGGGGAGCGAGAGCACUGAUGUCGCUGCUAUACACUUUGAGCCAGAAGACCAGGAUUCGGACGAGGACCGACAGCCUCGUCCCUCCAUGAGCACGAAGAAGAAGGUUCGGCACGCUAGAUCCGGCAGUGAGGAGAUGGAAGAAGUGGAGGAUGUUGCCUCUAGUCAAGACGAGGAGACGGUGGAGUCCCCCGUUGCAUGGAAAGGGAAGAGGAAGGGCACGAAGAGAAAACAGGUGCUAGAUGACUCAGAGGAGGAGGAAGUCCAUCCGAAGAUGCGCAAGCUGGUGAGAGGCAUCCGCCCGCCCUCACCCGAUGAAGAAGAAGCUGACAUCCUGGAUGAAGUGGAUGAAGAGAGAAUUCUCGAGUCGCGCUUUCGUACUCGCAACAAGAAGUCCACUUUCCAAAGGAAUCUCGAGAGACUUAAGAGAAAGAAACGGGGAGAAAGCAACCGUUCCGAAUGUUCUUCCUCCGCUAGCGGCAACGAAGAGGAAGAAGAACAUGUUGCACCAUUUGCAUUCGCUCAACCAGAAACGUUGCAUCCCAGCCACGAUGACAGCGGGCAUGCCUCUGACGACGAUAACUUCAUAUUAGAAGAUGAUACCACCACCGCUCUCGAGUUACCCGCAGAAUUCAGCAUGGAUACUCACCAAGACCUCACUCAUCAAUUCAAGAUAAUAUGCCAGCUUUUCGUGCACGUCGCGGUUCACAAAGCACGCGACCGACGGGCCGCCAUGAAGCAGUUACUCGAGAAUGCAUACUUCUCUGUUCCGCUACAGAUUGCCCGGCGGAAGAUCACUGGCAUGAGGGAUUCACUUGUCACCUCUUCAGUCUGGCGUCUGGAAUUCAAGAAGCCUCUAGAGGCAUACCCCGAGUUCGCGACAGUACGACUGGACUUCGCCAUCCCUACGUGUGACGCAUGUCAUCUGGGCGGCCGAAUGUCGACACUUCUUGGGAGACUGAGCGGUAUGCCAUACGACAAGCUCAGUUUCGAGCCUCUUCCAGUGAAUAUUUCAUCUGACUCUGACAGCAGCGAAGACGAAGAGGAUAACACGAAGAAAGAAUUCCACCUUGGCCGCUUCUGUGCCGCGAGGACACACGUGUUCCAUAAAUUCACUCACUGGGAGUACGCUACGUUCAAGGCUCUGUUGCAGGAAGUAGACGAAUUACGCGGCAACGACCGUUCUGACGGCUUCGUCCGCGUCGCCUAUGCGGGUGGUGUCAAGCCACCCGAAGAUUUGUCCGACGCGGACGGCAUCAUGGACUGGCUGGACGAAAGGGGCGUGAUCAAUAUGGAGUGGCAGCGUAUCAAGGAGAUGAUGGAAGGCGCCAGGCAGCUUGACAUGAGGGCGAAGAAAGGAGAAGAGGAUGCUGAGUAG